UGCGCGGCGGCGGCGGGUACGACCUGCGCUCCGAGGGGCCGAGGCCCGAGGGCGGCCGAGAGCCAUGGAGGUCCCGCUCCGACGGGAGCUCGGGACGCCGCCAGCCCCGUCCUCCGGCUGCGGGGGCGGCGCGGGCAGAGCUCGCGAGGAGAAGAGGGCGGCGCUCAGCAAGGUGGUGGUGCGGCGGCUCCCGCCCGGCCUCACCAAGCGGCAGCUGGAGGAGCAGCUGCGCCCGCUGCCCGCGCACGACUACUUCGAGCUUUUCCCGGCGGACCUCAGUCUGUAUCCUCACCUCUACUCAAGAGCAUACAUCAAUUUUAGGAAUCCUGAUGACAUCCUUCUUUUCCGAGAUCGUUUUGAUGGAUUUAUCUUCAUUGACAGCAAAGGCCUGGAGUACCCAGCUGUGGUUGAAUUUGCUCCGUUCCAGAAGGUAGCCAAGAAAAAGCUGAAGAAGAAAGAUGCCAAGACUGGAAGCAUCGAAGAUGAUCCUGAGUACAAGAGGUUUUUAGAAGCUUACUCUGUGGAAGAAGAGAAAACCAGUGCCAGUCCUGAAACUCUCCUGGGAGAACUGGAGGCGAGGGCGAGGGAGCUCACCGCUAGAAGAACUACGCCUCUUUUGGAAUAUAUUAAAAAUAGAAAAUUGGAAAAGCAGAGAAUUCGGGAGGAGAAACGAGAAGAACGAAGGAGAAGAGAGUUAGAAAAGAAACGCUUGCGGGAAGAAGAGAAAAGAAAGAGAAGAGAAGAGGAGAGAUGCAAAAGAAAAGAGGCAGAUAAGCAAAAGAAAACUACAGAGAAAGAAGGAAAGAUUAAGCUUCUUAAGAAACCAGAAAAGGGAGAGGAACCCACUACAGAGAAACCAAAAGAAAGAGGCGAGGAAACUGAUAUUGGGGAUGGAAAGCUGGAGACCUGUGCUUCCUGCACAGUCGUGAAGGCCAGGUCCUUGGAGAGCUCGCUGGAGGAGCUCAGGGAGAAGACCAGCCGGCCAUGCAGCUGCAUCAGCCAGGAACUCGCCUCCGAGUAUGUGAGUGUGGCCAAAGACCCUUUGAGGAGGUCUCUGGCGGGAGGAGUGGGGAGGCAGAAGACUCAGCAGGGACUGGUCCCGAGAAGAGUGAAGAAGCAGAGUGAGUCCUUGUGUGCACCUUGUUUGUGACAGCCUCUGGUCCCCAUGGAUGAGAAGGGCAUCCCUGAGAUCUGUACCCUGGAACGUAACCUGACUCCUUAGGAAGGGAGCUGCAUGCAGGAAAUACAGAGGGGACAUGGAGACAUCUGGAAAUCAUUCUCAAAGGAGUGAGCAUUUAAAAAUUGGGCAUAAAUUUAAAAGACUUUUAACAUUCUUAAUAUAAGCUAAUAUUUACCACUUAGCCAUAACAGGAAAUGAUUUAUUUAUUAGAAAGUAGAAAAAAUAGUAAAACAUGGAAAAAAAUUAGUACUGUGUUGGUAUUAAUUCUAAAGCACUUUGUGAAUAGCAUCCAUUUUGGGUCUUUUGCAGUUUUUAGCACAUGAUCGGUCAAAAUCUGUGUCUGGUGUUUCUUGUUAGCCCUCUCUGAGCUACAGUGCCAAGAGCAGUUCUUGUUCCUUUGUAACCACUAAAAUUCAGCCACUUCUUCAAAGUCUAUUGUAUUUUUUCAUUCUUGCCCUUUGGUUUGGCCGCUGACUGGAUAAAACAGUUUCACAGCCUUGUGAAUGGAUACGCCAUUGUGGUCGCUAGAUCUCCAGAGAAGCAGAAAUGUCAUGUGGGACAGGGAUAACCCGGGUUAGCUUCUAUAGCCUGCCUUUCUGGGUCUUAGGCACUUUUAUUUUUAAAUAGCUUAAUGUAAAUGUUAAAACUGUGUUCUACAGUACUUCUUCCUUUUUUAAAAUGUUAAUGUUUUUGACUCUGUGCUUUAACCAUUUGUUAAAUAAAAGUGUUUGUUGCUGUGGGUUUUAA